CAAAAGUCAUUUCAAGGUGUGUAGGCAUAAAGGCGCCAUGGACUUCACAAUGAACAUGAUCGACAAUGGUCGGGGGAUACCUGCAACACAGGCUGCUGCAGUGGCUGCCAUGGGAGGUCAGGUGACCUACCAGGCACAUGCUGUCAGUGUCGCCCCCACAGUCAGCCAGCAACAGCAGCAGCAACCGCCUCCACCACCUCCACAACAGCAGCAACGUGGCAAUCUGCAUGAGAGCGAUGGUGGGGCAGGGUUGGUGGGGGAGGGCAAGGUUCAGGAGCUAACGAAAGAUGACUCCCAAGGAGCCUUCACUCCUCCCCCCCGAGUGUCUUCUGUUGCAUCACAUGAAAGUCGCAUGGAAAAGGGUACUGACACCACAGAUUUUGAACCACUAAUUAAGGUUGAGAUUAGGGGGGGUAUACCAGGGCUCAACACAGGUGGUGAGAAGGACAAGAACGGUAUUGUUCAGUUGCAUUUCAACAGUGUCAACGAGGUGUUACAUUAUUUUUCUCAGCGGUCAGUGCCACAGCACAUUGAUGCCUUCAAUCUUCUUACCAAUCCAGACCUGGUGCGUAAUAUCAACCCUGACCUAGUGCGCAACCACUUCCUCUACGUGCCCAAUCCUCAGGAAGGGGUGCGGGUAGCGUCCAACGGUUAUAGCUCCGGAGGAUCCAACUCAGCCCAAACUCCUCCUGCACAAGGUGGAGCAGCAACGUCGCCUGUGGUGGUCAAACAGGGUUCAGGCAGCAGUGGUGGUUACAGUAAGCAAGGUGAUAGGCGCCGAGAAUCCAGUCAAGGUUCCCUGACACCUGGCACAAUCAUUCCCAGACCAGGGGUAGACCAGUCAGGGGCUUCAUUUGUAUGCUGGAUUUGUGGUUUAGAUUUACAGAAAUCGCUUCAGUUUGAAGAACACAUGGUGGACCAACACAGUGUGGACAAACCCUAUAGGUGUGAUGACUGUGGGGUUACAUUCAAACGCAAAGCACACUUGGAUCGCCAUCGCCGUAUCCAUCUGCCCACUCGGCCCUAUCAGUGUGGUGUGUGUGGCAAAGGCUUCACACGGAAUGAACAUGUGAGGCGUCACUCGUUUACUCACUCUGGAGAGAAGCCCUACCACUGCCCAACCUGCAACAAGACAUUCUCACGGCGGGAACAUCUCACCAAACAUCUGUUGAGCCACACCAAACCGCCAGGACCCCACAGUCCACCUCCGAGCGGCCAUCCUCACACCCCAGGUGAGUAUGAGUACUUAUGCUCACCUGCGGAAUCACCCAACCCUCCUCAGCCACAGCUGGGGGCAGCAACAGUUACAGCUGCAGCCAUCACCUCUCUUGGUGGGGCAGGCCAAAUUCCGUCCAGUCUUCUGCAUGCAGCUGUACCACAAUUGCUGCCACCUUCCACUUCCCACAGUAGCAUCAAGCACCAGCAGCCUCACCACCGCCUGGCUGCACACCAUAGUCAAGGUUUGGCAACAACGUUGUUGCUACAGACUACAGAUCAGAAUGGACGACUGGUUACGAUUAACCAAGGUACUGGAACUGCAGUACCUACUUCAGUGGUGACAACAUCAUCUAGUAGCCAUCAUGGUCAAGGUAACAGUAGUCACACAGGCAGUUCUGGAGGAUCCACCCGUGGUCUUAAUCAUAAUGGUGAGCCUGUUCCACGUCCUUACCAGUGUGGAGUUUGUGGAAAGUCUUUCAUCCGUAAUGAGCAUCUUCGACGUCAUGUGCUGACCCACUCUGGCGAAAAACCUCACGCGUGUGGAACAUGUGGCAAGGCUUUCUCACGCCGUGAACAUCUAACUAAACAUAUGAGGUCUCAUAUAAAGGUAGCAACACCAGGCUCAGUCCAGUCCAGCUCCCAGCCCACCCAUGGUUCCAUCCAAAUAGGUGGUAUAUCAGGCAGUGUGGCUACACCCCAACCCACCCCAACUGUGGCACAAACUGCCACUGUGUCAUUACCAACUCCUAGUGUAGUGGCAACAAGUAAUGCCCAUCAACAACCCCCACCACAUGGAGUGACACAUACUGUUGCAGGUUCCCAUGGUACACCUGUUGCCCAUGCUGCACACCUACCCCCUGGAACUCAUUAUUUGCCAAUGUUUGGAUUGUUGGCAGAGGUAGUGUGAGAACCUCACUGGCACAAUCUCACAAUCGGCAGCCUCUUAAUUUACAGAUGUCGGCAGCACAUCCCUUGCUCCACGUGAUGAUUACCAUGCAAUACAGAUAAUUCUUAUCUAUAUCCAACUACCCAUACCUGAUACGGUGCUUGGCCAGAUCCUGGUGGGGCUGGGGCAAGUGUGGUGCUGAAUGAUGCAAGCUGUAGAUAAUGUUGUGCCAUGAUCUCCCCGUAGCUGUGAGCACUAGAUUUUUUCUCUGUUGUUGCUAGUUUGUUGGUGAGCAGGGCUAUGCCUCACUCAUCCACUAGGUAUAUGUCAGUCACCCUUGUGUGGACCCUUGUCUGACCCUUGAUCACAUUCCAAUCCCUUCUAGUUGUCUCUUUGGCUACAGUAUAAAAUAAGGGGAAAUUAUUGUUGUGAACAACUGAAAGAUUUUAUGAUUAAUAUUUAAAAUUUGCAUUAAAGCUGUAUGCAAUUCUAUGUACUUAGAGUUUGUAAAAAUUGGAUUUUUUUUUGAGAGAGAGAGAAUUUUGGAAGUGAUUAAUGCACCCUGCCAAAGUUUGAUAGUUGGAUUACUAGGGACAGCCAUUACCCCAAAGUGUCAAGGCAGCUCGCAACAUGGAGACCACAGACAAGGCACCAAGUGUUUUGUUGUUCUCUGUUUCCAUGUAAAUUUUUUUUUUUUUUUUUUACAUGGAGUUCAUAUUUUGAAACAAACUUUGUCUGUGUGCAUAGACCAUGUUGAUGUAUUGUAGUGUAACUUGUAAAGAAGUACCUUUUAAUUGUAAAGCGAUAUCCCUAUAAUUAUUUUUAGGCGCUUUCUUCAUAAGCUUAUUGUAGAUGUCUUAAAGGUAGUGUUUUAUAAUAGAGAAAUGCUUUGUCAGUUUUAUUUUUUUUGUUUGUUUUUUGAGCCACACAAAGCAGAUUUAAGAGAUUAUUUUGAUGUCCAAAGUUAUCAGUCCUACUCCUACAUUAGUCCAGAGGAAACCUAAUAGUGUCAGUUUCAUGACAUGAUUUUUUUAUUAUUAUUAGCCUUAGUUUUCAUAGAAUUAGAUCCUUGGCAGAUUUGACAGACUGCAUGUUAUCCUGCCAGAAGUCUUGAAAUGGUUACUUUGUCUAAAGGUGCUCAAAUAGAUGAUAACUUUGGAUUUGCUUAUUUUAAAUCAUAUUUAAUAUUAAAAGAGAUCUGAAUUUUAAUCCCUCAGUGAGAGGUCAAGUUAAUGGCAAUCACAAACCAGUUGUUUUAACAGUCUGACAUUGCAAGAUGUUUUAUUUUUCCUGAUGUCUAGAUGUUUUGAAUCUUUGAUACUUUGAGCUUUUUGCAUAUUUAUCUUUAUGGCAAUUUGCCAUUAAAUGUGGAUUUUGAUUCACGUAAACUUUUUUUAAUAGGUUUUUGGUCUUGCCUGCAGUGAUCCAUGAAUUACCCAGCCUGUAGAUUUGCUAUUGCCAGCAUUUUGUGUUUGGUUCCAUUAUAACUACAUUAUAAUGUACAUGAUGGAAGGGGCAUUCAUGAAUGAUUGCAAAAAAUCUUUGGAUUUCUUUUUUUCAGAGCACAGGCAGAUCUAGUAGAAAUUAUGGUUGCCUAAAACACAUGGUGUCUUACGAUCAGUAGGUAUACCAGGACAAAUUUUUUUGAAGAUGCCGACAUUUAACCUAUUUGCAUAAUACAGUAUUUGGUAACUGAUUGCUAACUACAUGUUAUGCAAGUGUCAGUGAAUGAGAAAUUUUAAUGCUGGAUUAUUUUUCUUUUGAACUUCGUAUAAAUAAGCAAUUGGACCUUGCUUCAAGCCUUUGUUACUUGUUGACGUAAUAUAUUUUCCAGAUUAAAAGUUCAUACCAGAAGUUAGUGUGCGUUACAAAUCUGAGAACUGCCUCUCUUUGCCUUUAUUGUAGUCCCAAACCAUAUGUCAGAAGGUGACACUCAUAUGAUUUUUAACAAGUUUAUUUCCUUUUAUAAUGCCUUCAGAUACUUAUGUAAUAUUGCUCUAUACUAAGGAUUCCCAUUUUUCAUGGGAGAAAAUUAAUAUAAAGCAAGGUCCAUGUGUACAAUCCACAUUGUACACAGAAAUAAUUUUUUAUUUCUUGACAUUUUAAGAAAAAUUUUAAGAUCAGAUGAACUGUUAGGUGCUGUGGUGGCUGUGUGCUGCCUUCAAUUGCUGAUGUCCACUGUAUGUAAUGUAGUUGGUGUGUUCAGCAUCUGUUACCUUUACAAUGAUCUAAAGAGCUGUGUGUUCGUAGUUAUUCAAGAAACGCCUAAGGGGAGUCUGCUGCUUAAAUCCUAAAAUGGUAAACUUCAUUGGUAGUCAUGCUUUAAACAUUUCGGCAGAUAUGACUCAAAAUUAUAAAACAUUUGCAUCGUAUGCCAAGUCAGUAAAUCAUAUCAUUAAUUAAAUUCAAAGUGAAAUUUUCUUUCAAAACUUUUACUCUGCUAUUUUGCAUGCUUGAUUGCAUUGGUGAAGUUUGCCAUGUUCUCCAGUGAUAUCAUGUUUAUCCUUGUUAGUGAUCAGUCGCCACAUAUUCCAAAGUGCGUGUUAGUUGCCAGAUAUUUUCUUUUGUUUUUGCUUCCCAUUGUCAACCAUCCUCCUCAUGGGGUUUCUUGAAUGCAUAAUUUUUACUUAAAAUUUGUGAGAGUACAAAUUUUUUGACCAAGUCAUUAAAUGUGUCAUUUGCCUGGUCUGGACUGUUCUCUGAAGUUUACUGGAAAUACUCAGUCUGAUAUAAAUUUAUAACCAUGGGUAUGAGGGUCAUCCUAUUUUGCUGUUUUCCAUUGCUGCAUAUUAGUUUUCAAUAAAUUGCUUAUUGAAUCUUAUUUAUAUCUUAAUAGCUAAGAGUAUUGCUUUCUUAACUUCUUUUACCACUAUCAAAAUUUUAAUAUAUUGUAAGGGCUCUUUUUGAGUUAUUACAAGAUCUUCACGAGAGUUAACAGUCCAUAAGUAAAUCCCUCCAGAAGUGUGACAAGGUCAGGGAUUUGGGGGCCCCUGGCAUUGCUGUAGUUUAGUUUUCUUUUUGCCUUUGUCAUGAUUUUUUAUUGUAGGUGGGUGAAGGGGGAAUGCAGUUUCUGUAGAUGUGUUAAAUGUAUUCAUAUAUUUAUGUUAGGAUGUGAAAGGUCUGUACUUUUCCAUAACUGCAAAAUAUGAACUGUGUGAAAGUGUUUUGAAUAUAUAUGUAUAUAUAUAUAUAUUAUGUAUUUUCAAAAAUAAAAAUGUACAGUGCUACAUAUUAGAUAUUUGUUGGAUAAUUACAAAAGUGUUUGAGGCUCUUGAUCCCUGAUUCUGUUACACAAUGACUUCAGCCUUGAAGUAUUGACCAACAGUGUUAAGUUUGGGUAGGAAAUAAUAAAGCAAAGACAACAUAAAAGCAAAUAUAAUUGUAUUGCAUUAAAAAAUUUAAAAUAAAACAGAGGAAGUGG